AUGGAGCACGAGGGGGACGAGCGCAUGGAGCACGAGGGGGACGAGCGCAUGGAGCACGAGGGGGACGAGCGCAUGGAGCACGAGGGGGACGAGCGCAUGGAGCACGAGGGGGACGAGCCCUCCUUUGGCGAGGCUCGGCUGGAAACCUUCACGAAACUCGAAAUGGUGUUUCCCCUAUACGAUGAUUGGCUCCAAGUGGUGUGCUGGCCUGGCAGGUACCUGCGGCAGCAGCUGCGAGAAUUGAUGCUAGGCGUGUUCGAGGCAGAGGCAGACGACUGGAUUGCUCGUGUGCCGUUAGUCAAAGUCCAGGCAACACAGCAGACGGACGCGUGUAACUGUGGCGUGUUUGUGAUGAAGUAUAUGCAGUACCUCGUGCUCUCGCGCUUUCGGGACCCUGAAAACAUUCACCUCCACGGAGGCGCGGAGUGGUGGCGUAAGGAGCUGCUAGAAGAUCUCCUCGAGUGGACCGUCUAUUACAAUCGCCGUAUAGCAAGCUUUUUGUAA